GACAGUCAACCAUGGCUUCCUUCUCGUAGGCUAACUGUUGACAAGACAGUAUAGAUAGGAUUUACUCGUUUAUUUGCCUUUUUUCACACAGGUUGGAAUCAAAAUGCAGAAGAUAAAGUCUCUUAUGACCCGACAGGGCCUCAAAAGCCCCCAGGAGAGCAUGGCUGACCUGAGUCCAGUAGAGAAUCUGAGGAUCCACAGUACGGAGGAGUUGCGGGAGUUGAGGCAGCAGCCCAUCGAUCCGCAGGCGGAGCAGGAAAUCAUCGACAGCAUCGAGGAGGUCUACUUCUCCAGCGACUCCUUCGACAUGGUGCAGCACGAACUGGAGAAGCUUCCACCUGAGCUGAACCUGCAGGAGCUGGAGGAGCACAGAGACAAACUGAAGAGACAACAGGCUGCAGUUUCUAAAAGGGUCGCUGAUCUAAUUUUGGAGAAGCAGCCUUCUUAUGUCAAGGAACUGGAGAGGGUGACAGCAUUACAGACCAAUCUCCAGCUGGCAGCAGUCAUUUGCACCAACGCAAGAAGACAACUCAGAGUUGCAAAGGAGGAGUUCACAGAGGCCAGCCUGGGUCUGUUAGCCAAUCAGAGGAGGCGACAGCUGCUGACAGGCCUGCUUAAGUCUCUAAGGACCAUCAAGACUCUGCAAAGAACAGAUGUAAGACUCAGCGAGAUGCUUGAGGAGGAAGACUAUCCAGGUGCAAUCCAGCUCUGUCUAGAAUGUCAAAAGGCUGCCAGCACCUUCAAGCACUACAGCUGCAUCAGUGAGCUGAACUCUAAAUUACAAGACACUCUUGAGCAAAUAGAGGAGCAGCUCGAUGUCGCCCUGUCAAAGACUUGUAAGCACUUUGAUGUGUUGCACUACACCAAAGUCCAGAAAGCCUACACGCUCCUUGGGAAAACCCAGACUGCGAUGGAUCAGCUGCACAUGCACUUCACCCAGGCCAUCCACAACACAGUGUUCCAGGUUGUGCUGGGAUACGUAGAACUGUGUGCUGGCAAUGCGGACACCAAGUUUCAAAAGAUGCAGUAUAAGGACCUUUGCACGCACAUCACCCUCGACAGCUACAUUCCCUGCCUGACGGAUCUCUGUAAGGCUCUGUGGGAAGUGAUGCUGAGCUACCACCGUACCAUGCAGUGGCAUGAAGAGCAUGACAAGCAGAAGGCCGCACCCUCACAAGAUGACUCAGCAGCAGAGCCGGAUGAGUUGAAUGUGGACCGCAGCUACGUCAAGAAGAAGCUGGAGCACGGAUUGACGAGGAUCUGGCAGGAUGUCCAGCUAAAGGUGAAGGUCUAUAUCUUGGGAACGGACAUGUCUAACUUCAAAUACGAUGAUUUCAUAGUGGUGCUGGAUGUCAUCAGCAGGUUGAUGCAGGUUGGUGAAGAGUUCUGUGGCAGUAAGUCAGAGGUCCUGCAGGAGUCUAUCAAACGCCAGAGUGUGAACUACUUCAAAAACUAUCACAGGGCACGAUUGGAAGAGCUCAGGAUGUUUCUAGAAAAUGAAACGUGGGAACUGUGUCCAGUCAAGUCCAACUUUAACAUUUCCCAGCUCCACGAGUUCAAGUUCAUGGGCCAGUGCCGCUCUCCCUCCGUUUCCCCAAGCAGACAGGCUGCGUCCUCGGUUCCCCCGGCCCUGGAGGAACUGUCCCUUUUCCAGCAAUAUCAUCAGGAUGGGAAUCCCUUUGAGAUGCACAUUGAAAACAAGGAAGAGGAGACAGAGGAUGUGCUCGCUUCUAAUGGGUACGAAUCGGAUGAACUGGAGAAGAGCGUCUAUCAGGACUACGACAGUGACAGCGAUGUCCCAGAUGAGCUCAAGCAAGACUUUGUUGACGAGCAGACAGGCGAUGUUCCCCUGAAGAGCGUGUCCCGUGAGACCAUAAGAAGCAAGAAAAAGUCAGAUUACAACCUCAGCAAGGCUAGCGCGCCAAUUCUCACCAACACCACCCUCAACGUCAUCCGGCUUGUCGGAAAAUACAUGCAGAUGAUGAAUAUUCUAAAGCCGAUUGCCUUCGAUGUCAUCCACUGUGUAUCACAGCUCUUUGACUACUACCUUUAUGCUGUAUACACCUUCUUUGGACGUAACGACAUGCCCAUCCCAAGCCCAUCUCUGCCCACCUAUAGUGGCAGAGAGGCAGUGCCAGCCAGGGUGGUGGGCCCUGCCUGCUUGUAUGAGUCAUCGGGUUUGGGCCUUAUCAGCAGUCGACUGAGAACCACUCUGAACCGGAUCCAGGAGAGUCUCAUUGACAUGGAUCCUGUCGGGGAGACAGUAGGAGUCCAUGGUCCACCAGAGGACAGGAAGGAGAAGGUCCCUAUUCCUCACCUGAGCCAGAUGGUUGUUCUCACAGACAGCGGUACUCUGUAUGGACUGGCGCAGAGGGUGGUGGCCACUGAGUCUCUUGUGUUUUUGGCUGAGCAGUUUGAGUCCCUGCAAUCCCACUUGGACACAAUGAUGCCUGCAGCCAAGAAACCGUUCCUUCAACAGUUUUAUUCUCAGACCGUGUCCACAGCCAGCGAACUACGUAAACCAAUAUACUGGAUAGUGGCAGCCAAGGCUAUAGACUACGAACAAAUGCUGCUGAUGAUGGCCGGAGUUAAAUGGGAUAUCAAGGAGAUAAUGUCACAGCACAAUGUAUAUGUGGAUGUUCUACUGAAGGAGUUUGAGCAAUUUAACAAGCGGCUGGGUGAUGUUUCCAGACAUGUGCGUAUUCCUUUGCCUGUGUCCAACGUUCUCUGGGAGCACUGCAUUCGCCUAGCGAACAGGACUCUGGUUGAAGGCUACGCUAACGUGAAGAAGUGCAGCAACGAGGGCCGAGCCUUGAUGCAGCUGGACUUUCAGCAGUUCCUGAUGAAGCUGGAGAAACUAACGGACCUGCGACCCAUCCCCGACAAGGAGUUUGUGGAAACCUACAUCAAGGCCUAUUACCUGACUGAGAACGAUAUGGAGCAGUUUAUCAAAAAUCACAGGGAGUACUCCAUGAAGCAGCUGGCCAACCUGGUGAAUGUGUGUCUGGGUUCACAUAUAAACAAAAAGGCUCGUCAGAAACUUCUAGCUGCCAUCGAUGACAUCGACCGUCCCAAGAGAUAGACUCGUCAGUGUAUCCUAGACAUAAAUAUGAGCUGAAUGUUUCCCUUUAAAGUUUCAGCUAAGAAGGAUUUACUUUGCUGUGGCGUCACAACCGAAGAUGUGUAUCUAUAACGCAUUUGUCAGCUUGUUCAUAAUAAACUUUGGUGUUGUUCUUAUGUGUCCAUAAACACGCUCCUGUUGAAUGCGCUCCAUAACAAGCUGGUGCAGUUUUUCUACGUUCAGAUCGAUUGUAAGAUAUCCGCUCUCACUUUAAUAACACUCUUGUAGUUUUUUUCUCAUAUAAACUUCCAAAAGAUCCAAGAUCUAAAUAUCUGACAUUACAGCUUCUUCAUGAUGGAAGAAGACAUUGAUACGAUAACGUUGCACCGCUCUGUCUGAAUGUGUUCACUCCUGGAGCGAGAGUGCGUUAUUAUCCCUCACCUUAAUGACUCACUCUUCCAGCCUGAACUCUACGCUCGCUGUAUAAUGUUUGGCUUCAGGGCGUUGUUUCUCUGGCCCUACUGGAUUCAAUGUUUUUUUUCUUUCUUUUGUUUUGUCCACAAAUUAGAUCAAUCUAAUAUAAAGAUGAUGAUUCUUAAAAUGAUAUAGAUUACUGUAGUGUGGGUGAGGUAUUUGAACCAGCUGCGUACUUUGGUCUAUUCUCUCUGAGGAGUGGAAUGUUUUUCCUUUUCUUCAUGGACUUCAUCCAUUUUUGGCCUCUCUACUGAGCAGUAACGCUUGGUUUGUUUGAUCUGAUGCGUUCUAAUAAUUAAUAGUAAUUCCAUUUAGAGGUGCAGAGUAUUCCAGAGUAGAGAUGCAGAUUUUUUUCCACUCCCCAAUAAAAAGUACGACUGACUUAGAUUUCUCUUUGAUGUGAGCAACAGUCCCAGCUGAAGAAGAAUCACAUAUCCCAAAACAAAAUGGUCAUAAUCCUCACAUUUUAAACUCUUUGGAAUGUUAAUAGUUGGUCCAGCUAGCAUUACUAAAACAGCAAAACAGUUUGCAUGAAUUCUUAGAGAAUAUCCUCUUUACCUUCACUUCCAAGAUUUCUGAGCAUUUUCUUUUUGUAAUAUGGUAAAGAUUUAGGAUUUAGUUUUUAAUCUCUUGAUGCCUUAAUUAAUUGCUCUUCAUCAUAUAGAGGAUAGUUUAUCUAUAUACAGUAGGCCUCUACAUCUGAAUGCCUCCUCUGGCUUCGUUUGUAGACUGCAAUAGAAAAAUGGUUUACUCUGAGUCUGCUUCCUUUGGUCACCGUAUCAACACUGAAGAUUGUUAUAUGCGGUGUGGUGCAUUUGCUUAACAGGAAAAAUAUUGGAUAAUUGCCUUUUUGAGCAGCUGAAAUGUUUUGUUGUAGUUUUUUCAAACCAGAGCAGACAUAAUAGCCUAAAUGUUCCUGACCUCAGAUUAUAUUUUGUUACACUUCAGUAUAAUAGGUUAAAUUGAUCAUGCAACUGUCACUACCAACUUUCAAAGUUACCAUCUUGACAUAAAUUAGGGUUUGUACAAAGCUUAGUGUUGGAAGUAUCCAUCUGUAAGUCAUUGCUUACUUUCAAAACGAGGUUUUGCCCAACUUUGUGGCAUUUGCAAAAACUGACAUUUAAAGAAAGCUUUACCCGGAAAAUGUCGGAAACCUAAUUUGAUUAUAUAACUGAUUAUAGUCAGUCUCAAAACACACAACACAGUUAAUUUCCAUAUUUAAUGUGUGAUUUUUCAAAUGUUUAUUUCUAACAUUUACUGAUUAUUCUGGUAAAGGUUAAUUUUUAGGAAUACAACUUUAAAUUCCUUCUUACUUCCAUGGUUACCUAAACCCUGAUGCUGUUUCUUAUUUUAAGCGACUUUUUUGAUUAUCUAGGGGCAUCUACGUUGAAAGAAUGUACUGAUAUGAUUCAAAUGCUGUGAGAGAUGUUUUUGUUUUUUUUCCUGUAUGAGCAAAUUAAAUUCCAAGUUACACAAGUUAGACCUUAUGACCACUUAAAAAGCUUUGAUAGUUUGGGUAAAAUUAGAAAACAGAAGAUCCUUUCUGUUUAAAAUGGCUUUAGGUUGAUAAAUGGAUCCCAAGUUUUCCCAGUAUUUGGGAUUCAUCCAUCUUCAACUCUUCAAAAUCAGUAAAAUGUGAUGAAAGUAAUCAUGGACAGAACAUUCCCUGAACUAAAGAGCCGGCCAGCUGAAGGGUUCUCCAUUUUCCACAUUACCUGUAAGGUAAACGAAAGAAGUUAAAUGUUUUGAUGUAGCCUCAGUGUAUCUUGUUUGCAGCUAUUUCAGGAAGACUUAUUGUAAAUAUCACUGUUUUGAACAUUGCUGUAUUUAUUUCAUCCCUUCUUUUUUUGCGGUCUUUAUAUGGCCGUUGUUGGUGAUGUUACCACAUAUCGUGUGACUGUACUGUAUGAAAUCUAAACCAUUUAAUGAUCAUCAAGUUAUGUUAAACUUUAAGUGCACUAUAGUUAAACAAAUCUAUAUGUAAUGAUUGUUGUUGGAGGAUA